AUGCCAGACAGCGCAUCCAUCUCCGUCUCCAGCUCCUCCCAUUCACGCUCCCUCUCGCACCAACAAUCACGCUCGCUCUACCCCCGCGGCCCCAGUUUCACACUCGAAUACUUUUCCGGCCGCGAUUACAUAGUCAAAGACUUUAUCGAGUCGCUCUCCGACAACGCCAUCGCCAGUCGCCGGUCGGCUGGUACUGCAGCUGCUACGGCGGCGGCGAACCAACCGUUCGAUCCGAAGCCGCUAAUCCGCACGUUCGAGCACGCGCAGGGCAGUUUGAAUGAUUUGUUGGGCGAUUUGGAGAUUAGAGAGAAUGAGUUGUCGGCCGCUGUGAGAAGGGCAGAGGCUCAACAUGCGCAGAAUUUGAAUACGUUGGGUCGGAAAUUGAGUCAUGCUAUUGAGUCAUUUCAGAAGCUGGAUACGUCGCUGAAUGGCGCUGCAUUGAUAUCGUCAUCGACAACGUCCAAUGGCGCUCCGGAGAGUAAUGUUGCAGUGGAAGUGGGUAAAAGGCUCGAAGAACUCGAACGACAGCGGCGGCGUGCGUUGGAUGCCCAUUUCUUGAUUGAAUGCUGGGACGAGGUUAGCAACCGAGGGGAUGUGACGAAACUAGAAACACUUCGCAUGUCGGGUAACAGUGAAGGGAAAUUACGUGCAGCACAUAUUGCGAAGCAAUUGUUACGGAUAAGCCAGAGGUUGGAUCCGAAGAGCUGGAAUGAUACCUCGAAUGGAAACGGUCACUACACCAAUGACGGAUUGAUGUCUCCGAGUUUGAACGGGAAUGGUAACGGCAACCACUUUCCGAAAAAGGACACCAGAGAGAUUAUCGAAAAGUUCUCUGAAACCCUGGAAAAAGAUCUGUUGAAACAGUUUGAUGAUUUCUACCGAAAAGCUAAUUUUGACGGAAUGAAGGAAUGUGCACUAGUGCUGAGAGAUUUCAACGGUGGCGCCAGUGUCAUUGCUCUGUUUGUCAAUCAGCAUCAAUUUUUCAUCGAUAGAAGUCAACUGGUCACGGAAGAAGUGGGCGGCGAUGCAGAGGCAUGGGAGAAACUGGCAGAUCCAGAUGCGGAUCCGCCGGGUGUCGAGCCUAGUCUGCAGUCGUUGGUGGAUGAUGUCAAGGUUGUCGUGCAAGACGAGUCUACGAUUAUUCGUCGUGCAUUUCCGUACUACGAUGAAGUCCUGAGCCGGUUUCUGCAGCGGGUGUUUCAGCAGUCAAUUCAGCAGAGACUUGAAAUGGUGCUCGACAAAGCAAACAGCGUAUCGUCUUUAGCGUUUUUGCGAUCAUUGCAAAGUUCAAGAAGCUACCUCAAUUCUCUCGUUGAUGAUCUCAAAACUCACGGCUUGACUGAAGCGCCUGAUCCAAUCUCGUCUCAAACGGCGAUCGUACUCGAUCAACAACUAGAGGACUUGUUUGUGCCGUACUUUGUCGGAUCAUCUUACAUUGAGCGCGAAAAACGAAAUCUAGAGGAGCUUUAUACAUCAUUGCUUUUCAAAUUCACUGCGUUUCAUUCGCGCCGAAAGAAAACCGCUACGACCACGUUCAUGGCAUCGUUGGCCAAAAGUGGCAGUGAGCUGUUGGCAUCUGCCAAAGAGUCUUAUCUAUACAGACUCGAGAGCUCAGACUCGACACCCACGCAGCGUCAGAUGCUUCUCCGUGUCGCUGGACUGCGUGAUUCGGGAGACGUAAGCGGCAAACCUGCUGAGCCCGAAUUCACCGAAGACGACGGUUUACUAUCCGUGACAUACGCCAAACGCAUGCUGAAAUGGUUAGCUGAGGGAGUUGGCCGCGGUUUGGAGCUGAGUGUUAGUAGCGAAACACCCAAAGACGUGGCCUCGCUUUUGGGUCUGCUUCUUUCUACGAUGGCAGAGGGGUAUAUUGAGAUUGGUCUCGAAGCAGCGCUGGAUGCUGCAUCAGCACAGGAGAAUAUCAAGACUGAACCAGACUUUACGUAUCUGCAUACCCUUCGCACGGCGAUCAGUAUCACUCAUCUGAUGCUGACGUGCAUCAACACGGUACUCAUCCCGCUGGCAACCAACAACGUGACGACUCGUCGGGAUAUGGAAAAGAAGACGAAUGUAGUCGUGGGCAGGAUUGAGGACAAGAUCAACGCAAUUGAGCAGCGGACAAUUGAUGUCGCAUUGGCCUGGGUUUCGAAGCUCCUCGGCGGACAGAAGAAGAAUGACUUUCGGCCAAAGGAGGAUAGCUCCGCGGCAUGGUUGGAGAUGUUGCAGACUCCGACAUGCGAGAGUAUAUGCACGUUCCUGACACACCUCCAAAACACAAUCCUUACCUCCCUCCCUCCCAGCGGCUCGAAUCUGCAGUCCCUUUUCACCGAACUUGCGCUCGGCGUCCGCAGCCAAAUCCUCGACCACUUCCGUCGCUUCCAAGUCAGCGGACCAGGCGGGCUGAUGGUCACGAAGGACAUGACCCGGUACGCCAAUCUGCUCAAGUCAUGGGACCUAGAGGACGAAGAACAAGUCAAAGCCGCGAUUGACGUGUUACUCGAAGUCGGCAGUUUAUUCGUUGUUGGACCUGAGGCGCUACGCGAGAAGUUACGAGGUCCGGCUACGAGUGCGGGCAGUACUGCUACUACCAAUCACGGCAAUGGGAACGGUAAUGGCAAUGAAGGAAGUCGUCCGACGCCGGCGGCGGUGGCAACGGAUGGGUUUGCGUUGUCGGUGCAGGAUAUAAGGGCUUAUGUUAUGAGGAGGGCGGAUACGAAUACGGUCGCGAUGCAGAGUGUUUUGAGUUCUUUGUAG